AAUUAAAUGAACUCAAACCCUCCUCCAGUGAUCAUUUUAUAUAAAUAGAGUCUAAAUGUAAUUAAGUAUAUACUACAUUAAAGGAUCCAAGCAAAAAGAAUUUCAGCAAGCUAUGGCAGUAAGAACCAAUUGAAGUGAAAGAAGUAUAAAUUCAUUAAUAUAAGUGAAUAGUUUUUUUCAAAUUUAUUCCAGGCUUUGAAAUAUUCAAAGGAUGGAAUGGCUCAUACAAUUUUUGAUUUAGAAACUAGUGAUUCAUUAUCUGAGAUUUCAGAGAUCAAUUUAUAAAAUUAAGGAUUUAUUAGUGAGUAGAGUAAUUCUAUGUAAGAGUUGCUAAAUAUUUUGGAAAUAGAGAAAUCCCCUCUUUAAUCUGCAUUUUUGGAAAACAAUUCAAUUAAUUCAAUUGCGUAUUUUCAUUUAUUUUAUUUUAUUAGAUAAUUAUGUGAGAGAAUGAAAAUUUUAAAUCUUAAUGAAGAAUUGAGCAACAAAAUAAAUGAGAGUUUUAUGAAGAUUUCCAAACUUCGUUUUUGAU